AUGUCAGCCACACCAGAAGUUAACAAUAAAGAAAAUAACAAUUCUAGCAGAUCUUCUUCUUUGUUUAAUGCACCGACUAACAGAACUGAAAGAAAUGAAGCCGAAAACGAGGAACCGAAAGCAUUCGUGGGAGACUUAGAAAUGGGUGAAAGUAAAGGUGUGCCUGAUGGGGGAGACGAGCUUACACGUUACGAAUCCAACCCAGCGGCUGCGAGGACUUUAAGUCAUAGAAUGGCUGAGGGUAAAAGUUUACUAAAUAAAGCUAACAAGACUAAUGAACUGUUACCAAAGAUAGGUGGGGGUAGAGAAUUUCCCCCUUACUUGGGUGAUAGAAGUCCCUUUAUGGUUACGUUCGACGGUCCAAAGGAUCCUAUACACCCGCACAACUGGUCCUCCAAAAGGAAGAUAGUUUGUAGUGUAGUUGUAGGUUUCACAGCUCUUGCAGUUACUAUUGGGUCAGCAAUAUUUUCUACAGUGAGUAAUGACAUCAUGGAGAAAUUUAAUGUUGGUUCAACAGUUGCAACCUUAGGAACAUCGUUAUUUGUAUUUGGUUUUGCUUCGGGUCCAAUCAUUUGGGGUCCAAUGUCAGAAUUGUACGGAAGAAAAAUUGUAUUGAUUCCUUCUUGUUUCGGUUUCGUUUGCUUUUCAUUUGCGGUAGCUUCUGCAAAUGAUUUACAAACGAUUAUGAUUUGCAGAUUCUUUGCCGGUUUCAUUGGUGCGGCACCGUUGGUGGCAGUUCCUGCUGCAAUAGCGGAUAUGUUCGGAGCUGCUGUAAGAGGUCAAGCUAUGGCUAUUUUCGGUAUCAUUUUAUUUGGAGGGCCUGAGUUGGCAACCAUCUUCUGUGGUUUCACAGUAAAAAAUGAUGCCUUAGGCUGGAGAUGGACUUCAUACUUUAGUGCAUUAAUUGGUUGUCUUGCUUUGAUCGGUGUGACAUUCUACUUUGAUGAAACACAUCAUCCUUUGAUUUUGGUCAAACAGGCAGAGACCUUAAGAAGGAGAACCGGUAAUUGGGCUGUCCAAGCACCUCAUGAAGAAUUUACUUUGUCAUUAAAAGAAAUUUGUCAAAACAACAUUUCUAGACCGCUUGUCAUGUUAUUCACUGAACCCAUACUAUUAUUGAUUAGUAUAUACACGGCUUUUAUUUACGGUUUGUUAUAUUUGCUUUUAACUGCGAUUCCAUUGAUAUUUAUGGGUAAUUAUCAUUUUGUUCAAGGGGUGGGUCAAUUACCCUAUCUAGCAGUAGUGAUUGGUCUUGUUAUUGGGGGCGCGUUUUGCAUUUUUUUCGAAAAAAGGUUCCAUAGAAUCAUGGUGCAAAAUGAUGGCAAACCCAUUGCUGAAGAAAGGUUGCCUCCUAUGAUGGUUGGCUCUUUCUUCUUUUCUGGUGGUUUAUUUUGGUUGGGAUGGGCAGGAGAUUUCCCCGAGAAGGUUCAUUGGAUUGUUCCAACUAUUGGUUGUUCAUUUGUUGGCUUUGGUUUGAUUACAAUUUUCUUGCCUUGUAUUAAUUACAUUAUUGAUUGCUACUUGUAUUUUGCUGCAUCAGCUUUAGCAGGUAACACUUUCAUGAGAUCUUCAUUUGGUGGUGCUUUCCCGCUUUUCGCUCGUCAAAUGUUUCUCAAUAUGGAAAUUAAGUGGGCAAGCACGUUAUUGGGAUGCUUUGCAGCAAUUUUGAUUCCUGUUCCUUUCUUAUUUUACAAAUACGGGCAAUCUCUCAGAACCAGAUCUAAAUACGCCGUAGUCUUAUAA